ACGUGUAUAAAGCCAAGCGUGGAAUAAACCGAUGUAGUUACGCUAAGAAAUUUGUUAAAAUAAGAAGCGCAUGAAUUAGAAGUUUUAGUGUGUUUACGUUACGAGUCAGUGAAAAUAUUUUCUACGUGAUAUACGAAUUACUUUCUUGGCAUAGCAGUAUAGUACACAUUCACAAUGAAUAGUUCGCUACUAUUAACACUGUUUAUUUGUAUUGGAGUAAUAUGUACUGUAACAGCCCUGAGGAAUGAUGAAUGCGAAGUAUGUAUAUCUACAGUGCAAAAAUUUGUUAAUACUUUAUCUGACGAUGUUAAAAAGGAUACCAAAAAAAUAGAAGCAGCAUUCAGAGAAUUUUGUAAGGGUACCAAGUCUAAAGAAAACAGAUUUUGUUAUUAUUUAGGCGGUUUAGAAGAUUCUGCAACAGGCAUUUUAGGCGAAUUAAGUAAACCUGUAUCAUGGUCUAUGCCUGCAAAUAAAAUAUGUGAAAAACUGAAGAAGAAAGAUGCUCAAAUAUGUGACUUGAGAUUUGAAAAACAAAUUGAUGUUAAUACCGUCGAUUUGAAGAAACUGAAGGUGCGUGACUUGAAAAAAAUCUUAAAUGACUGGGAUGAAUCGUGUGAUGGCUGUAUAGAAAAGACAGAUUUUAUUAAGCGAAUUGAAGAACUGAAACCUAAAUAUUCUCAUAGUUCAAAAUCAGAACUAUAAAAAGUGUUCAGUGAUGUAGAUAAAUUAUUGAAGAGGCAUUAAACAUUAUUCUUUUUUAAACUGUGAAUUAAACAAUACCGUAGAUAUGAUUCAAAAUACUUAGGAAUACUGAGCAAUGAAGAUUUAUUAAGAGCAUUAAUGGUUUUUAGUGUAGCCAUGCUAAUACAUGUUGAAUAUCAUAAAAGGUGCUCCGUUUUUAUCAUACCAAUGUUAGACAAAUAACGUGACUCAAAUUUUUCAUACUACAUAUUAUUUUCAUGUUUUCAUUUUUCAUUGCUCUUCCUCAGAUAUUCUGAUACAGUGCGUUUAUACACGUAUGAAUCCUAUUUGUACCAAAAUGCAGUGUACUAUAUCAACAAAUGUGUAUAUGUGAUGAUCUAUUAAUAAUAUGUUGUUAUAUAUAUAUUUA